AUGAGUAAUUAUGACCAUAUUUUCGAUCUUUUGAAAUUAAAAAAAAAGAAAGGCUUAAAGUGUGAAUUUACAGAAAAAUGUAUUUUGGAGUUGCCACGCAUCUGUAAUAAUUGCCUUCAUGAAAUUUUGAAAGACAAGUUUUCGAGUUGGGGAAGUGGUAAUGAAUUAAUUGAUAGAUUCAUACGAAAAACACAACUUUCAUCUUCAUACGAACGGUAUCCUGAAUGGGUUCCAUAUAGCUCUUUGUCCCAAGUGAAACAGAUUGGCGAAGGUGGAUUUGGUACGGUAUUUUCUGCAAUAUGGAAUUGGGGAAUUAAACCGACAAACUUAAGUAAGCAUUAUCGAACUGGCCCAUGUAAAGUUGCUCUAAAGAAACUGAAAGGUGAAAUGAAGAUUACGGAAGCUUUUCUUUCAGAGGUUCAAGCUCAGUUCGAUUUUUGUCAUUUGUACGGAAUUACACAAGAUCCCUCGUCAUUAGAUUAUAUGUUUGUCAUGCGUUUUGCACCACAAGGUGAUCUUCGAAGAUAUUUAUUACAAAAUUUUGAUAAGAUUUCAUUGGCGAGCAAGUUGGGUAUAGCCCAAACCAUAUGUGCUGAACUUGAAAAAAUCCAUGCAAAAGGAUGGGUCCAUGGUGACCUCCAUUGCGGAAACAUUCUUUUAUUAAACGAAGAAAAUGCGUUUAUUUCCGACUUUGGAUUGUGUCGACCAGUUGAUGAAGUGGAAUCGAAAGAAGCAUUGUAUGGAGUCAUCCCAAAUAUUGCACCAGAAAUAAUUCGUGGCCAUCCGCGUUCCCAAGCAGGUGAUAUUUACGGUCUUGGUAUUAUUUUAUGGGAAUUAGUUUGUGGAGUUGUUGCGUUUGCGGAUCGUUCCCAUGAUGUGCGUUUAAUAGUGGAUAUCUUUGAUGGCCUUCGCCCGCAAACAUGUCAUUUCGCCCCUCCAGUGUACAAUGACUUGUUGGAAAGAUGUUGGAUUCGAGACCCUUCGAAACGCCCUUCCAUAAAGGAAAUAUUAGAAUCUAUUGAAUUAUGGUGUUUCCAUAGAAAGCAAAAUGAUGUAAUGAAUAAUAACAGUAUUGAGGGACAUAAAUUAUUUAGAAGUCAUUAUAUGUCCAAAGGUGGCAUCUGUGUUAAAAAUAAGUUUUGUAUUGAUACGAUUCAUGAUGAGAACGAUCGUUUUGGAAAUGAAUUUGACGAUACUAUUAGGGAUCAAUUUGUCAAUUCACAAAACGCCGGCUACAUUUAUAUAUUAAUGAAAUGGAGACCGAAUAAACCUAUUCACCUAGAAGCGGUUUACACUAGCCGUUCAUUUAGUUAUAAAAGUUUACAGGAAGAGAUUAAUAUUUUUCUAAGCCAAAGAAAAAGUAACCGUAAAAGUAACCAAUCAUCUAUUGUAAUGGGUAAUAUUUGUACGGGCUGA